UUUAUAUAUAUAAGUUUUUAAAAGUUAUGAUAAUGUGUUGGGGCUGAAGGGGGGUAUUUGCCCAGGGCACCACACAAGCUAGAACCACCACUGACUGCAAAAGGCAAGUUUUAUCAUUGGUUUAUGAAGAGAAAGAUAGACAUCCAAAUGAAACAGAAUAUCAGUGGAAAUUAAGGAUUGCCGUAUGUUCCUGGUGGGGAGAGAGAGAGGAGGGCCGAGCAGGGCCUCAAUGACAUCUCCACACAUGUCAGCACAGCACAUUGGACAGCACAGCCCUGCCCUCAGAACCAAAGCACAAGAUCAACAAGGGCAAAGCUGUUUUCUCUUUGCCCCCAACAGCAACCUGUUGUCCUUUAACGAAGGACAGUCCUCCCUCAAAACGUUGAACUGUUUUGCAAGUGCCCUCUCCAAAGGAUCCAUCACAUCUUCUCAUCUGAUACUCUAGUCUUUGGAUCUAAGUCUUUCCUCCACUCAACCAUGACCGCUUCAGUCUUCUCCAACCUUGGGUUUAUCCGCUCUCUGAAUGGCCUACUUCUGGUGUUGACUGGUUUGAGCUUGAGCAGUCCCAUCAGGUCUCCUGAGAACCAUCACAGGGCAUCAGUCGGGAGGGAUGUAGGUGAUAAUCCGCUUCUUGAUGCGCAGGACUUUCUGAGCCAAUUUCUGUCCACACUGAACCUUACAGAGCUGGGGCCCCAGCCCAGGCCCCUCGCUGCCAGUAAGGAGCCACCAGAGUACAUGUUGGAGCUGUUCAACCGAUUUGCUAAUGACCGCACUUCUGUGCCCUCAGCCAACAUGGUGCGCAGCUUCAAGAAUGAAGAUUCCUCCCCCUACAGUGUAACUGCCAGGGGUGUAAGGAUACAUCCCCUGCUCUUCAACAUCUCCAUGCCCCACCAUGAGCACAUAACAAUAGCUGAGCUUCGCCUUUUCACCCUGGUCCGGAGGGCCCAAAGACCAUACUCUGGCCUUGACUGCAAGGUGACCAUUUACAAUAUACAUGAGGGCGUUGUUUGGACAAAAGAGGUGGGGAAAGAAGGGAGAAGGAGGGAUAGAGAGGAGGUGGUGGAGAUGAGGGAUCUGGAGGAACUGGUGACAAAGCAUAUCCAUGCCAAAGAUAACAGCUGGGUGUCGUUUGACCUGACUCAUGUGGUUACGCUCUGGCGGAAAUCAGGGUGUGCAACUCACAGACUGGAGGUUCACAUUGCCUGCCUGGGGUCAGAGGAGGAAGGGGCCACACAAGAGGUCACAGAGGAGGGCGAAAGUUUGGUUGAGAUUGAUGUCGACAGGAGCUUGGAGGGAAAACACAAUGCAGUGAUGAUUGUAUUCUCAGAUGAUCAGAGCAAAGACCACAAACAGGAUAAACAAGAGCUCAACCACAUGAUUGAACAUGAGAAUGACCUUCCUGAAAACAUGGGCCGGAGCCAACAAGCUUUCUGGGGGCACGUUGAUCACAACGCUGGCCAUGCAAACCAGGACGAGCUGGACAAACAGUCCCUCAUGCAACUGCAGUCCAACCUUAUCUAUGACACACCCCCCCGAAUCCGUCGCAAUGUUAAGAGCGAGCCAUGCAAGAGGACCCCACUCUUUGUGGAUUUUAAAGACAUUGGCUGGGAUACGUGGAUCAUCCAGCCUCUGGGCUAUGAGGCGUACGAGUGCAACGGCGUGUGCAACCCACCUAUGACCUCCGAGGUCUCGCCUACCAAACACGCCAUAGUGCAGACUCUGCUGAGUGUUAAGAGUCCAGAGAGAGCAUCGCGUGCCUGCUGUGUGCCCACUAAGUUGGAGCCGAUCUCACUCCUUUAUCAUGAUAAUGGGGUGAUCACUUUCAACCACAAGUAUGAGGGGAUGGUGGUGGCAGAGUGUGGAUGCAGAUAGUCCUGAAAGUGAUGCUGUUACACAGAG